ACUUGGAGCUGGAAGUGGUGGUGGUGUAACUCUUGAAGAUGACUUUUGCCAUGCUGCGGCCUGUGGCGACGCACUUAAUCUACUCAGACUUCGGAGUCACUUCAGAGGACGAUGAAAAGUGCAGCGAAAGCGACGGCAGCUCGGAGCGAAGUUACUGCGAAAGCUCCGAGAAGCGAAGAAGGAUUUCACGAAAACUGGAAAAAGACACGACAAUGGUAAAGCAGAGGAGCGCAGCGAACGCCAGGGAGAGAGGCAGGACCCAAAGUGUCAACACUGCGUUCACGGCUCUCCGGACACUGAUACCCACGGAGCCAGUGGACAGAAAACUCUCCAAGAUUGAAACUCUGCGCCUGGCGUCCAGCUACAUUUCCCAUCUGGCCAACGUGCUUCUCCUGGGAGACGGCGGCGCUGAUGGACAGCCCUGCCUUGGUGCGGUCCAUGCGCAAGAGGAGAGCGGGACCAAGCAGCCUCGAACCAUCUGCACCUUCUGUUUGAGCAACCAAAGAAAAGGGAUAAAGGAUGGGAAAGACUGUUUUAAAAUGCGAGGACUGGGUCCACUGCGAAUGAGACGCUGACUUACAACCAGUGAAUGAUGAGCAACCUGUAAAUCCUCAGACUGUCUCAGGGAAGAGUGGAAGCUGGUGUUACAGAGUACACACAGGCACAUUUUCACAUGCUGGAUACAAUGGUGGAACCAAAAA